UUUCUACCGGUUUUCGGACAAUUAACUCCUCAUCGAAUAAUAUAUAUAUAAAAAAGAUGUUCCCAACACAAAUCCUCUCCCAAGCCGCCCGCGUCACGCUCUUCACCCGCGUCGGCUGCGGCCUCUGCGACACCGCCAAACACACCGUGACGCAGCUACACAAGCGCCGCCCAUUCGCCUACUCCGAGUGCGACAUCAUGCUGCCGGAGAACAAGUCCUGGAAAGACGUCUAUGACUUUGACGUGCCGGUGCUGCAUGUACAGUUUCCCAAGGGCCAGAACACGUCGGAACUCUCGGAUCCGAAGAAGCUCUUUCAUCGGUGGACGGAGCAGGAGGUUGAGCAGUUGGUUGAUGAGGCUGAGAAGGCGUCUUCGUCGUAGGGUCUCUUGAUUUCCUGUCUUUAUUGAAUAUACCACGACGUCGCUGGGCAGUCAGCGUCACGUGUGGUGCCCGGACGGUGUGCAAAGCAGCUGGGUUGUAUGAGCCAUCUCCAGAUAUUGAGAAUAUGGGUUACUCUUGCGGCAAUAAAUCCCCCCGGCUGGCUCGAUUGAUUGCCUCUAAGGGCUAGCUUAGAGCUGAUGCUUUCUUUGCCUGUUUCAACACUGCUUGGGUCGCCCUCGGAGUCUACCCUCGUAUAGUUGGUUGGAUCAUAUAUCAAAGUGCCUGCGAAAGCCGCCGUCGACGAAUCAACAGAUAUGCCCAAUAGUUCUGAAUUAAGUGUAAAUAG